AUGUUGCCCCAGAUCCGAACCUCAAGAAUCUCUUCCUCCCCAGGAGUUGCCAAGCUACCUCUCCUAACUCACCGUAGUUCCACACUCGAGAACAGACCGAAAGUAGGCAUCGCAUCCAAUCCUCUCCCAAAACCACCACCCCACCAACCCGCAAAACGACGGCCACGAAAUCUCAAAAGUGCUGCAAUUGAAAUAAAGAAAAGACAGCUACUGGCUGAAAAGCGCCAUUCUUCUACGCUCAACUUGGAGCUGAAUGGUAUCAGAGAAAUCGAACCUGUGCAAAAGCCUGGACAGUUUUCACUGACCAGUUCACCUUUGACUCCCGUUUCAAAAAGAGCGGUUGGGAUAGGGAAAUCUGAGUCCAUCAAGGGCAUUUUGCCCAUUCAGGAGGCUUCCGAUGAAAAGCAGGAGAAAAGUGAAUUACAAAAACAACAAUCAACACCACCACCACCACCACCGAUAUCAACAGCAACCACACAAAACCAAAAGACGCCCGAACAAAUGCUUGAUGAGAUACUGCGUCAGGAAAAGUUCUCCUUCCGACGAGAGAGAGUUCAGCGGCUAGCAAACAGGGCAGGUGACGGGAUCCAGGAAGAGAAUCACUCCUACCAAUCGGCUUCAGGAGUUGACGAAGAUCAAAACAAUUGUUUGUCUGUCGAGAAGGCUGUGGAGUCGGGAAAGUGCACAAACUCGUCCGCAGUUGACCACAACACGCACAAUCGCAGCUCGAUAACGUCACUUACAUGGAAGGGCUUCGAAUCGGGUCCCUGGCCGGAGGGCACAAAGAUACCAGUAGAAAGAAUCUCCGAUACCCCCUCUCAACGUGAAAUUGAGGCAAAAUUCUUUUAUAAACCCGCAAAGAAGUGGGUUCGUCUGCCGACUAGUCUGUCUGAAGUAAGAGUACCGGGUAGGAGCAUCUUGCCACUGAAGAAGCUACCACAGGACCCACUAGCAAAGUUUAUCAAUGAACAGACAACCUUUUCGAUGGGUUUCUGGUCAAAAAUCCGACAGGACAGUGCCUGUACGGCGGACGACGCAAGUCUCAUACAUCAGGCUGCUCUUUUCAGACUCUGUGAAGCCUUCACGGAGAACAUGGGCAGAGACUAUUUAAAAGCAAUGGCACGAGAGUCCGUGCAACCCAUCUCCAGCUCUGAUGAUGAGCAAACGUACUGGCACGAGGACUCUAAAUUUGUGCACGAUGACAAUGAACGUAUCUGGAAUUGGGAUAACUCGUUACCUACCAGUAAAUGCCUACGUGAUGAAAAAGUGCCCAAAGAGCCUGAGCGCUCUGAGGUGUGUAGUUUGAUGCGUGACUCCCUGGACAUGAAGUCAGAUUUCUCCAGCCUUUUCAUGAUCGGUUCUGAUGCUUCCACGGACGUGGAAUACGAUGAAUACGACUUCGUGAAGGCCAACAAGGAGCAUCCAUUCACGGAUCCCCGUCUCAUUGCUGGUCUUAAGCAUCAGUCUCUGGCCCGGGAUCGGUGGCUGAAACGACAACGAAAAAGAAGUCGAGCUAGACGAGCAGCCACAGAGGAGCUGGUCUCUGACAUACAGCCGGAGCAGUCAGCGGCAGUGGAGCCGGACCAUCCGUCGGAGUCACUGUCAACACCGCCUCAGGCAGGCGAGCAGCUGCGCUCGGAGGGCACAGCGGUGACGACGAGUUCACCGGAGGCCACAACCAAUCAGACGCAAGAAUCGGCUGUCCCCACUACCAGUAUCAUCUCGGCUACAGGACCAAUGAGUGAGAGGGAGGAGAGCGAGUCGGAGGCGGUGAGCGGCGGGCCAAACCUUGAUGAGAAGGGUAAGAAGAGCAGGCGAAAGAGGACACGCACGAAACCGCCCUCCCAGAGCAAGCAGGAAACUAAGGCUGCUGCAAAGACAAAGGUCAAAAGUGGGGCGCUAAAGAAGCUCGUCAUAGACAGUCCGAAUGACGAGAAGGAUGUGCUCAUGUGGACCUACAUGACCGGUUUUGAGGAUGCAUGCAUCGGUUGGCAGAAGGUUGGUCAGAUGACGUGA